UACAGGUACAGUCUACGCUUGGUACCUGUCAAUCUAGCAAUCGUCAAACCGCUACCGUACACCAUUUAACUUUGAGAUCGUUUUAUGUUAGUUGUAAGUGUUGUAAGCGUAUCGAUAGUUCCUUACCUGUGAGACCCUGAUAUCACGAGCACUAUAGACUAAAGUAUUACAAUCGGGACACAGAUAACAUUAUAACGACGGAAUGGUCAUUACGAGAUGUCGCUCGCUUUGAUGUAUGCUAACAUGCAGAUUUAUUGCUGCUCAGUAUCAACAGAAAAAGACAUGCGCGGUUUAAGGACCUAAUAACAAGUUUCAAUCAAUGUACAAUGGGACACAUAAGAUGUUUAAUUCACAUCUUCCCUAAAGGACAACCCAAAGUGAACAGAACAUUUUAUUUAAGGACACAAUUUUGGAGAUUAUAUUUAACCAUGGUAUGGGAUGUACAAAAGAGCACUUAAAGCUGGUGCCAGGUACUGUGUUGCUGGUGAUAGGGUUCGUACUAACUAUUGUCGGACUGGCGUCUGUUCACUGGUGUCAUUCGGAGGAUAACACUGUUAAUAUUGGACUGUGGGAAAUAUGUUUCCUCGUGAAAGUAGCGGAAGUACAAUGUUUCGAGUUCCGUGAGCGGGAUUACACGCCAAUUAUUAUAUUCAUCACCAGUGCACUGUGUGUCAUCGCCGCCAUAUUUGAAUUUGUUGCUGUAUUAUGGGGUGUAGCAGCUGUAUUCCAGAAGAAAAGGCGUGCAUUCAAAUGGACACAGAAAGCGGGCAUCAUGGCUGCUCUAGCAGAUGUGUUGGUGGUUAUUGCUGUGUGUCUGUAUGCUGCUUCAUACAAAACAAUAAAGUACCAAAAGAUCCCACGAUGGACAUCGGGAACCGAAGUUAACCUUACAUGGUCAUUUUAUGUCACGUGUGGGGCAGCGGUGAUCAUUCUUCUGGGAGCAACAUUGUCCAUUGCAAUGGCGCUGCAAUCUUCAUCUAUUUCAACUGUCCACGUGACAUCGAUGCCAACACACAGCCCAUCACCGUUGAUGCAUCCGCCACCAAGCACCCGAAUCCCAUCCCCGUUCAGACUUCGUCCGCGCGCACCAUCACCACUGCCAUUUUCACGGGCUGCCUUUCAGACCCCUCGGAUGAAUCACUCCCCCGUGUUGCCUUCUUGAUGUGUUGGUAUAUUGUCAGUGCCCGAUUGUCUUGCCAGAUACUGUGAUUUUCCAUCGAGUGAUGACCAGACCUAACCGAAUAUUCCAUGAUUAAAAAUGACAUGUUUGUGUUCCUAACUACGCCUAGCUGCGAUAACGUAGCUCUGGACGACGGACGGACAAUUUCUGACAGAUGGUCGUCGUCGGAGAGCAUUGUAGGCAGGGUAUGAAUAUUCGUUCUAGACUACGUCCAAGCUAUCUAAUUAUAAACGCUUUAGUAAAACUGUUAUAAUAUGUAUAUUUUAGAUGAUACUGUGUCGAUAUGAGUGCCCGUGUGUAUUGGCAUUACCUACAUUGCAAAUACGAAACUGCUGAAACUAUGAACUUGUCUAUAAGCUUUUACAUAGUAUGACGUGUCCAUGGUUAUGUUUGUCAGUUACCGGGGGUGCAAUGUUAUCUGCCACACCUCAUCAGAUCAUUUACAUAUUUUUACAUAUUUCAGGGGAAAACCGUGUUUAUACUUUAUAUAAGUGAUCUAGGUAAUCGACAUUUUGGCAAAUAUAACAUCCAUUAAAAUGACUCAAGCAUGUACGAAUAAUUAUUGGAAAUUGUUUUUAUGAAGUAAAAUUGUCAAAUGUGACUAGAACAACAAGCUUUCUUCACAAGUAAACAAAGGGAAAUACAUAAUUCUUACCGAAAUAAAUUCAGUGAAAUAUCUUCUCACACCAACAGCCCUUAUAUAAAAAUGUGUACGAAGUUUUGUAAAUGUCGGAGAUGAGGAAGAAUUUAUCAGCAGAGAUCAGGACAUAAUGUCUACCGGAACAGAAAAUCACCAGCUCACAACUACAUUUUUAACUAGUGUUAUUCUGAUUAUAAUAAAGUCCCACACAAAAUGCAUAUAUACAAUUGUAUGAACUAUGAUCGGUAUAUGUGGCACUGAGAAUGUGUUUUAAAGGUGGAAAAAACAAAGAAAUAUAUUUACAAUGAAACCAUAUUAGGAUAUUAGAAAUGGUUAAUAGUUUAGAACAAAGUACACGUUUGACAGACAGAAGGACGAUUGGAUGAACACCUAGAUAUCUACAUACAUGUACAUGUGUACCAUUAUGACUUUGUUACGUUAAUCUCAAUCGGACUUAAAUCAAUGAGAAAGUUGUUAGAACGACAAACAGAAAAUGACGGAACAAACACUUCAACACGAUAAUUAAAAGGACGACUAAAAUAAAGAUUUCGAAUUUUAUUGUCUGAUUAUCAUUCUAUUGUGGUAAAUUCAACAAGGUACAUUCAACUCGAUAUACAUUUAAUAUCUUAUCACAGCAGUACAUUGAAGUAUUUUCCCUCCAGUUUCUCGGUCUCCGACCUGAGUUAGAGUAUUUUGAUUACAGGAAAAUACUAAAAAAAACUUGACAUAAUGUUCAAUAUAUUAAAGGAAUUAUUUACAAAAUUUGAUAAGAUUUCAAUUGUCUGGUAAAUUAUCUACAUGUGUAUUUGUAUGUCAUAACGAUGUACGUAUAAUAUCAGACAAACAAGCAGAUGGUGGUAUGAGUUCUAUAUACUGCACUGUACAACUAUAUACGCACAGUAAAAUGGUUCAUCCCAAAACUUUGGUUUCUGAAACUAAUGUCGUUAUUGAUACCAAUCAAAUGGACUUAUUAUAAAUGAAGCAGUUUGGUGAAGGAAGUGCCAUUUUAUGGAAUUGUACUCUGUAACAAGUGUUGCCCCCAUACACAGAACCAUAUUUUUGUCUACUCUGUAACAAGUGAUGCCCCCAUACACAGAACCAUAUGUUGUCUACUCUGUAACAAGUGAUGCCCCCAUACACAGAACCAUAUGUUGUCUUAAGUUUAACAAGUGAUGCCCCCAUACACAGAACCAUAUGUUGUCUACUCUGUAACAAGUGAUGCCCCCAUACACAGAACCAUAUGUUGUCUACUCUGUAACAAGUGAUGCCCCCAUACACAGAACCAUAUUUUUGUCUACUCUGUAACAAGUGAUGCCCCCAUACACAGAACCAUAUGUUGUCUACUCUGUAACAAGUGAUGCCCCCAUACACAGAACCAUAUGUUGUCUACUCUGUAACAAGUGAUGCCCCCAUACACAGAACCAUAUGUUGUCUACUCUGUAACAAGUGAUGCCCCCAUACACAGAACCAUAUUUUUGUCUACUCUGUAACAAGUGAUGCCCCCAUACACAGAACCAUAUGUUGUCUACUCUGUAACAAGUGAUGCCCCCAUACACAGAACCAUAUUUUUGUCUACUCU